AUGGCUCCGUCCUUUGACCACCUGCGCGAUGCUGACCUGGACGACGACGAGUUCAAUGAGGAUGAUAUUGACAUCUCGGAUCUUCGCGAGAAGUUUGAAGUUCAGUUGGAACAAGGCUAUGACGCCUUUGUCGUUGUCGAUGGCCUUCCCAAGGUCAACGAGGAACAAAAGCCCAAGUUGAUCAAGUUUCUGUUGAAGAAGCUCAACUCGGUUGGAAGGACAAGAGAAGAUUUGAUCUACAUGCCCAUGGACGAGAAUGGCGAAUCAUUGAGAUUUGCCUUUGUGGAAUAUUCUUCGCCGGCCGAGGCUGCCGCCGCAACCCGGCAGCUGGACCUGGUGCCCCUCGAUAAGAGACACACCAUGCGAGUCAACAAGCUCACCGACAUUGAGCGAUACGGCGGCGAGGGUCGAGUUGACGAAAAGUACCAGCCCCCUCACAUCGAUGAGUUUGCCGAGAAGGAGCAUCUCCGCUGGUUCAUGAAGGAUCCCUCAGGUCGCGGCCGUGACCAAUUCGUCAUGUACCGCGGCGACACCGUCGGCGUCUUCUGGAACAAUGAAAAUGACCAACCCGAGAACAUUGUUGACCGCCAGCACUGGACCGAGACCUUCCUGCAGUGGUCUCCCCUGGGCACCUAUCUCACCUCGAUCCACGCCCAAGGUGUCCAGCUUUGGGGUGGCCAUUCGUGGUCUCGGCAAGCCAGGUUCGCCCACCCUUACGUCAACCUGGUGGCCUUUUCUCCCAACGAAAAGUAUCUGGUGACGUGGUCUAACAGACCCAUCUCCAUUCCAGAAACCGGCCACCCUGCCCUCUCCGUCGACGACGAUGGCAAGAACUAUGUCAUAUGGGACAUUGCCACCGGGUCUCCUCUGCGUUCCUUUGCCAACCUGGAGGCCCCCAAGGGAGAGGAGGGGAAGCCUCCGCCAAAGCUGCAAUGGCCCGCGUUCAAGUGGUCGGCCGACGACCGGUACGUCGCGCGAUCGACCCAGGGCCAAUCCAUCUCGGUAUACGAGCUGCCGCGCAUGAACCUGCUCGACAAGGCGAGCAUCAAGAUCGAGGGUGUGAUGGACUUUGACUGGGCGCCCGCCACGCCGCAGCGCGAGGGUGUCAAGAACUACGAGCAGCUCUUCUGCUACUGGACUCCCGAGAUUGGCAGCAACCCGGCCAAGGUCGGCCUGAUGAGCAUCCCUUCCAAGGAGAUUGUCCGGUCGCUCAACCUCUUCAGCGUUAGUGACGCCAAGCUUCACUGGCAGUCGGACGGCGCCUAUCUCUGCGUCAAGGUCGACCGCCACUCCAAAUCCAAAAAGUCGCAAGCCACCACCCUGGAGAUUUUCCGAAUCAAGGAAAAGGGGGUGCCGGUGGAAGUCGUCGACACGAUUAAGGACACUGUCAUCAACUUUGCCUGGGAGCCCAAGGGCGACAGGUUCGCCAUCAUCACAACCACGGAGCCGGUCGGCGUCACUGCCGUGCCGCCCAAGACGGCGGUGUCCUUCUUCUGCCCCGAAAAAGUCAAGGGUCCCAUCGCGGGCAACUUCAAGCACCUGCGCACGCUGGAGAAGAAGAACAGCAACGCAAUCUACUGGUCGCCGAGGGGACGGUUCGUCGUCAUUGCCACCAUCCACAACCAGCAGAGCUCUGACCUGGAUUUUCUUGACCUGGACUUUGAAGGCGACAAGCCCGAGUCGGACAAGGACAUGACUGCCAACCUGCAGUUGAUGAACACUGCUGACCACUACGGUGUAACCGACGUUGAGUGGGAUCCAUCUGGUCGCUUUGUUGCCACCUGGGCAUCAGUAUGGAAGCAUGCGAUGGAGAACGGAUACCACAUCUACGACUUCAAAGGCGAAACCCUACGAGAGGAGCCCAUGGACAAGUUCAAGCAGUUCCACUGGCGACCACGACCUCCCACGUUGUUGACCAAGGAGGAGCAGAAGCAGGUGCGCAAGAACCUGCGGGAAUACAGCCGCGUGUUUGACCAAGAAGAUGCCGACCGCGGUGCUUCCGCCGACUUGGCGGUGGUGGAGGCACGCCGCCGCAUGCUGGACGAGUGGUACAGUUGGCGUGCCGAGGUGGAGGAGGAGACUUACGAGGAGCGCGCAGCUCUCGGACUGCCGCAAGAUCCCCACGUCGGCUUGCUGGAGGCCAAGACGAAGACGCUGGACGGCGUCGGAGAGGAGAAGGAGCAGGUCAUUGAGGAGAUUGUGGAAGAUGUGUUGGAGGAGAGCGAAGAGGUUCUGGCGUAG